AUGACGGUGGUGCAGAGGAAGAGGAGCGUGGAAAUGUACUCUGAUGAGAGGUUUGUAGAAGGACUAGAGCUUCACCUCAGAGAUCUUGCCGCAUAUGGAGCUGGAAAUGGUUCAGUACGACUUUGGGCAGUGGUUCAAACUUUCCCUGUCCUUUUUUUGCUUAUUCUUACUAUUGCUGGUGUAAUUUGUUCUGAACAACCCGUUGCAAAUAAAAAUAUCGCCUUCGGCAUGGUUCGUCUAACACCAUUUGUCUUCUACUUUGCUGCUGUAGUACCCGGCUCCUUCUACCGACACCUUUCUCCUGCAAAUUCCUUGCCCUGUCUCAGAAGCCACAUUUUUUCCCAAUCUUUGAAGGUUCAAAAAUUAUCUCAAGCUGGUGGCCGCGUGGAGCAGAACGCCGUCUCCGAAGCUGGUGGCUCGGUUCCUAGAGGCCAACUCAUCGACGGUUUCCUUACAGAUCGUGACCAUGCCCACCUGGCUUAUACUACUCCAAUUAGUCUGCUUUACAGCCGCGGUGGCUAA